AUGGAGCCGCCGGGCACCGCCGGGGCACCGGGAGCGGCCGGGCGGCCCUGGGAUGAGGCGAAGGCGUUCUACGAUAACCUCACACCCAAGAAGAAACCAAAAUCGCCAAAGCCUGAGAAUGCCAUCACCAUCGCAGUGUCCUCACGGGCUCUUUUCCGCAUGGAGGAGGAGCAGAAGAUUUACAAUGAGCAGGGGGUGGAGGCCUACGUGAAAUACCAGCUGGACCAUGAGAACGAGCCCUUCCUCCCCGGCGCCGCCUUCCCCUUCGUCAAGGCGCUGGAAGCGGUGAACGCGCAGCUUCGGGAGCUCUAUCCUGACAGCGAGGAGCUCUUUGACGUUGUCCUGAUGACCAACAACCAUGCCCAGGUUGGGGUUCGCCUGAUCAACAGCAUCAACCACUACGAUCUAUUCAUUGAGAGAUUCUGCAUGACGGGGGGGAACAGCCCCAUCGGUUACCUCAAGGCUUACCACACCAACCUCUACCUCUCCUCCGAUGCCGAGAAAGUGAGUGGGGCCAUUGAAGAGGGGAUCGCCGCAGCCACCAUCUUCAGCCCCAGCAGAGACCUGGAGGUGUCAGAGAAGCAGCUGCGUGUGGCGUUCGAUGGCGAUGCUGUGCUCUUCUCAGAUGAGUCGGAGCAGAUCGUGAAGGCUCACGGCCUGGACAUGUUCUUCGAGCACGAAAAGGCUCACGAGAACAAUCCUCUGGCACAGGGACCCCUGAAAGGCUUCCUGGAGGCCCUGGGAAAGCUGCAGAAGAAGUUCUACUCCAAAGGGCUGAGGAUGGAGUGCCCCAUUCGCACCUACCUGGUCACAGCCCGCAGCGCUGCCAGCUCGGGCGCCCGGGCCCUAAAGACUCUGCGCAGUUGGGGUCUGGAGACGGACGAAGCGCUGUUCCUGGCUGGCGCCCCCAAAGGCCCCCUGCUGAAGAAGAUCCGUCCCCACAUCUUCUUCGACGAUCAGAUGUUCCAUGUGGAGGGAGCCAAGGAGAUGGGCGCCAUCGCUGCCCACGUCCCCUACGGCGUCGCACAGAAGCACAAGCGGCCGCUGCAGGAGAAGCAGCCCCAGAACAGCAAAUAGGGCACGGCAUGGAGCUGUGAGAGGAGGAGGAGGAUGCCGAAGGCUUCCUGUCUCCUCAGUGUUUUGCGGUGUCGUGAUGUUGUCCCCUUCCUCACGGCACCACCUCCCCACUGGGUUGCUGUCACCCAUCAGCUGUUCAAAAGUCAGGAUUCCCAGAGCCUUCGGUUCGACGAGCGAAUGUUGAGGCUGAGCAGUUGGACUGGAGAGGGGCGAGCACAGAAAGCCCCUCCUGCAGCUUUCGACAAAAUGCUAAAGCAAAGCCCCUUCCUGUCAUGGAAACAUGGAAUCUUCAGGGUUGGAGAAGACCUCUGAGAUCCUCCAGUCUGUCCACCGCUGCUGCCCACUGAGCCACACUGCCAAGUGCAGCUUUCCUUCAACACCUCCAGGGUUGGUGACCCCACCUCCGCUCCUGUUUCAUAUUUGGAAAUAUACAAACAAAUGCUUACAUGAAGAAAAAUAUAUGGGAAUCCCAUUUUCUGCUUUUGGAGUUUUGGGCCAUUGGCUCAAAAUUUGGAUUCCACAGUUGCACCCACAGUAAGGCAGCCAAAGGCCAGCUCUGGUGUGUGCCUUCCUGGGUCUGCAGACACAUCCCUGGGGCUUAAAUUAAACCAAAAGCAGCCCUAAGAUAUUAGGAACAUCAUUCAAAGUCCAUUUAUUCAAAUCUGCAGAGAAUUUCAGCCUCGGGGACUUAAUUAAAGGAUUUUUUCCCCUCUCUGAGCUGAGCCCAUAGGGGUGGAUAAUCUUUUUCUUCUCAGCUUCUUAAAGCUCUGCUGCUCCCAAAAUAGAUCCUGGGAGAAAGAGCUGCCUCUGCGAUCGGGGGGCAGGAAGGGGAAUCAGUGGGUGAGCAGCUCAGCGGGCUGUGAGCGUCGCACCGACGUCCCCAGGGAGAUCCCCCUUCUGGGGAUGGGCAAAUGCGAACAUUACUUUUGCAUGCUUCUCUCCCUUCUGUUUGCUUGUUCUGAAAUCAGAGCACGCACCACGGGGCACGGAGGGCACUCAGCAUGAGUUCUUUGCAGUGACUUCCAGCUUCCCAGCACCUCCCUGGGACGAGCUCUCCCUGUAUGUGCCUGUUCCGCUUUGCAGGACGGCUCCAGCUGGCGUGGGGGUGGCUGUGGCCCUUUCGACCGAUCCCCCGUGGGCUGACAGCGCCCUCAGCGGCUCUGCAGACUUCUGUUGCACUGAAUCCUGCUUUGGCAGUGCAAAGCUAAUUGCACUUUUUCCUCCUCCCUGAACGCGUUCGUUUUGACAGAUUGUUAUCUGUGGCACCUGGGUGACCAAGGCCUGCAAUCCCAACAAAAAAAACUAGAAAGAACUCUAUUAGUAUUCGUGUCCAUCCAAAAAUCCCAUCUUCAUGUGAACCGCGGAUGUUGGGCUCUGAGCCGCGUCUCCCAGCCCUUCUUAUCUUCAGUGAACAU